AAAUGUAAAAUGUAUUAAUGCAACAAAGGAUAUCCAUGAAAUUUAUCUUUAUUAGUACAAGAAAGACUAGUACCUACCGUAUUCAAUCUUUUUAGGUACAUUAGUUCAACCUACCGAGCAUACAGCAGUCUGUAACACAUCAAUAAAAAUCACCAAUUCUUGUUUAAAUAGUUUAAAUCUGGUUAUACAUCACUUCUGAAGUGUUCAAAUAUCGAAAGUAAUAAAAGUUUAUUAUUUUCUUUAAUUUCAAAUGGAGAAAUUCACCCGUUGGCGAGAUGCUGGCACAGGCAUUGCACCUUUCCAUCCGAUUUAUGCAGAAAAACCUUCGAUUACUAGUUUCAAAUGGCUGAUAAUAUUACCAGUAGCUUUAGUCCGUAUCCCUCUAUGUGUCAUUACCAGCAUAUUUUAUUUUGUUAUAUGGUCCGGAAUUCUAAAACGCCUACUCAGUUUCCAACAAGCUAUUUCUGGAUUCUUUGAACGCUCGCUUUCAAGAAUUGUACUAUUCUCCUUGGGCUGUUUCCGACUUUCCUACACACUAGUUGGAACAUUUGUCCAAGGGGAUAGUCUACAGGCUGGGGAUAUUGUUGCUGUCAAUAGUACGAGCCCUGUAGAUGUCCUAACCGUUUCGUCUUUGUUUGAUUGUAUAUUCGUUCAAGCGAAUAGUAAGUCGUCAAAUGUUCUUCCAGUUUCUUCCAUCACUGCUUUCUUUUCGCAUUUUUCUAGAGUAAACUUAAUGCUUCCUCCUCCUGCGAGGGAUCUUCGACCACUGUCUGAAAUUUGCAAAGAUGCUACCAAAAAUGGCAAGGUUGUAAUUGUAUUCCCAGAGGGUUCCACUACCAAUGGCAGAGGAUUAUGUCAACUAACCAAAUGCCUCGAAUCCGCUGGAAGCACUGAUCGAAUUUUCUGUUUAUAUCUUCGCUAUCUACCAGCGGCGAUUACUCUUUCAGUCCCAUCCGUGUUGACAUUUAUCAGUUCCAUUUUACUUACCACUUCUUUUGAAGUUCGUGCUCGAAUGUCAGCGGAGCCUGAAAUUCCUAGAAAUUGUAACAACGUAAACGACAAUGUUUUAGACAAGCUCUGUAGACUUGGUCGUACACGAGCUACAAAUCUUAAUUUGACUGAAAAACAAAUUUAUUUAGAGGCCACCUCUAAGAAAUAUGAUUAACGAAUACUAUUUCUCUUUUCUCUUCUACAUGUCACGCCACCAGUAUAUUAUUACUACGGAACUGGCUUACUUUAUUCUACCGUCUUAUUCCUUCUAUAUGGACUAAUAUUCAUGUGUGAUAGUAUGUAAUAAAUAAAAUAAGUGCGUUCAUCAUUAAAA